UAAGAUACAAACAAUAAACAAACAAAAAAAAGAUUUCAGCUUUGAUAAUCAUACACACAGAGAGAAGAACACUUACAUAAAUUCUCUGCUUUUUUGGGUUGGUGGCUUGAUUUUGCACUGAAAAAUCUCUUCAUUUGGAUCGUGUGGAACCGUUUGGCUGGAGUUUGUUGCAUUUCUUCAUAUCUGGUGUUGUGUUGUUUACUUUCUAUCGUGAUAUAAUAAUAAUAACAAUAAAUUUCGGAUUUCGGAUCAAUUAACCUUACCAAAACCAUAAUACCUGUAUGCAGAAGCAUGGACUCAACCUACCCAUAUCAGAGAAACCAAAGUCCAUAUCCUCCUUCUUACUAUCCUGGAUUUGAGCCUAAUCUCCCUCAAAUGAAUAUGAAUCCACCUAAAUCACCUUUUCCCUAUGAACAUCCUUGGAGCCAUGGUGGUUGUUGUGGACAUUACCCUAACCCAACGAAUUUUUGCUGUGCUCACAACAACAAUUUCCAUGGCUACUAUAACUACAGGCCACAACAUUAUCAUCAUCAUCAUGCUCCAUUUCCAUCUCCACCAGUGUACUAUUCUGGUGGUUAUCAGGAACCAUUCUUUGUUCCUUAUGCACCACAACCACAUUACACUAUGGAGCUUCCUAGAUAUGAUUAUGAGAAGCAUAUGCUGGGAGACUAUCAUUGUUGCGGCUGUCCAAAUCAUCCAUGCCAUCAGAAGGAAGAGCAGAGUGUGAAGAUUGAGGAGGAAGAGCCUGAUAAUAAUGCUGGAAACAAAGUGAAUAAUGAUGAGGCUUUGGCGCCAAUUCAGACAAGGAAUUAUCCUUAUCCAUAUCCAAUUGUUUGGAUUCCACCGGAGUAUACAAGAACAAGAAACAAAGAAGCGAAAAGUGGUUCUAUAGCUGAGGCGAAGGGUGAGCAGGAUCAGAUAUCUCAUGAUAGGAAGCCUUCUAGUCCAAUGAAUUUUCAGGAACCCAGAAUUUGGAAUGGAUGGUUACCGUUUGAUAUGAAUCACACGCCAAAUAAGGUUCUUGAAGGGGAUGGAAGAAGAAACAAGAACUUGGAAAGUGAGAGUAAUAAAAGGGUCUGUGAUGAUGGAAAAGGAAUGAACAACAAAAACCAAAGUGAAAACCAGAGAUCAGAAUUCCCAUUUCCUAUCUUUUGGAUGCCUUACUACAAUAAGCAAGAGGAAGCUGGAAAGGAAAACAAUCAAGAGACCCAUUCAAGUCCAAAAGGCAUCAAAGAGGCGCCGCAUACUUUCAAGUCCGUUCCGAUAAAUUCUAAAGCUGAUGAAGUUGUUAGAAAUGGAACCAUGUCAAAUCCAGUUGAAUCCAUAGACAAAAGUGGUUCAGAUGAAACAAAGGAUGUUACUAAUGAAAAGAUAAUCCCAGUUAAAGAGGUAGAAUUGCAUCAAGGGAGAAACAAUUCAAAUGAAAAUGUCAAGAGAGAAAGGAUUAUUCCUGUGAAACAGAUUGAGGAGAAUGUGGCAAAGAAAGAGUCUCGUGCUGGCAUGGAAAAACAAUCAGCAUCUCCACGGAAAAAUGGCAAGUUACCUCCUGUUUGUUUGAGGGUUGAUCCAUUACCGAGGAAGAAGAAUGGCAGGAGCAGCAAUGGGAGCUCAAGGUCUCCAAGUCCUCCUGCCUCAAAAGAGCAUUCAAAAGCAGUAAGCGAAGCACCAUCCGAAGCUCAAUCAGCUGGUGUGAGUGACAAGGUUCAGCUAUAUUCUGAUGUCAAGAGUGUUCCAAACAUCAGUGAAGAAGUUAAGCCGAAAGAGCAAAAUGUUCCAGUGUGCGAAGGCAAGAGCAAUGAGAAGCCACAGCCAGAUUCAAGCCUUCUGACUGCCCCAGAUGUCAGCAAGGAAGUUCAACCAAAAGAGGAAACCAUUCAGGUGACUGAAAAUAAGACCAAUAGAUACAAGGGUGCAGAUGAGAAUCGUUCAGUUGGAGAUACUGAAGAAAAGAAGGCACAAAAUGGAGCAGAGAACAUCAUGGAAGAAGCUAGUAAGCCGAAUGAAGCAAAGGACUCGAGCAAACCAACUGGCAAAGGUGGAAAUGAGAGAAAGGCUUUAUCAGAUGUUGAUGCAGCCAUUUUAAUUCAAGCUGUGUAUCGCGGUUACCAAGUGAGGAGAUCAGAGCCAUUGAAGAAAUUGAAGCAGAUAGCCGAAGUCAGUAAGGAGUUGACUAAUGUCAAAGCUUCUGUUCAAGCGUUUGAGCACUCUUCUGAUCUACAAAAUGAUGAGAAGCAAAGGAUCGCACUUGGUGAGAACAUAAUGAGACUCCUGCUGAAGUUGGAUACUAUUCAGGGCUUGCAUCCAAGUUUCAGGGAAACAAGAAAAUCUCUGGCAAGAGAGCUUACAUGCUUGCAAGAAAGGCUUGAUUCUGUAAUGGCCAAGAGAUCUCAACAGCAGACGAAUGAGUUCAUAGACGAGAAGCCUGUUGAAGACAUUUCGGAGGAUUUACAGAAUGAAGAACAUGUGAAGGAUCAACAAGAAGAAAAAGCUGCAGUAGCAAGAGAGGAUUCUUCUGUGGGAAUUAAUGAUGAUAUGACAGGAAAAGAUAGAAUUGAAUUUCAGCCACCACUUGAUCCGGCAUUGAAUGUGGCAGCAGAACCUAAUGUAGCACCAAAUGAAGCAGUUGAUGAAUGUAACCAUCCAAGCGAUCUUUCUGUGGAAUUUGAAGCAAGAUCAGAGGUUGGCAACACUCCCACAGGGAUUGAGAAUUCAGAUACAAAUGCUUUGCAAGAAUUACCUGUGGGAGUCAUAGACGAGGAUGGUGCUGACUGUAGUUCCAAGAAUGAAGAACAAAAUGAGAAAGCAAAAGUAGAUUCAUCAGGCAUCUAUGGACUAAAAGAGUUGCCGGUGGGCGUGCUCGAUGAAAAUCCAGCUGAACUCGUGAAGGAUGAUGGGGAAACAAAGCUUGGAGAUGUGGAAUCUAUUCUUGAGCUGCCGGUGGGGGUGCUUGAUGAGGAUAAUGCUGCAUCUGAAUUCAACAAGGAUGAUGGAACAAAAUUUUCAAAGCGGGAACUGGAUCAUGAAGAGGAAGUGGAAGCCAUUGUGGAACUACCAGUUGGGUUGCUUGAUGAGGAUACAGCAGCAUCUGAAUCUAAGGAGAAUGAUGAUGGAACUAAAAUUUCCAAGGCUCAACAACAACAACAUGAAGAGUUGGAACCUAUUGUGGAGCUUCCGGUGGAAUUGCUUGAUGAAGAAGAAACGAUAGAGUUUGAAUCUGGGAAGCAUGAUACAGAUAUGGAACAUAUAACGGAGCUUCCUGUAGGGUUGCUUGAUGAAGAAGAAAAAAUAAAGUCCGAACCUGUGAAGUGUGAUGCCCCUGAAAAAGUUCCACCUGCCAUAGAAGAGCAAUGUAGUGUUGCUGCUAAAGACACUCAACUGGAGCCUGAACAGCAGAAGGAAGAGCAGGAAGAGGUUCAAUCUUCUGAGGAAUCAUCAGAUGGGUGGGUGAAGGUUGAAUGCUCGAAAGACGAGGAACUUAAAGGUGAUGCACAGCGAGAUAUAGAUAUAGCAGUCGAAUAUGAAGAGGAAACGGGAAAUGAAGCUGAAUUGCCAACCAUGGAGUCUGCGAAAAGGGCUGCAGAACUUGUUAGUGACUCGUACAUGGAAGAGGAGUACAAAAAGAAGUUAACACAGCUUGAGGAGCAAACUGAGAGUGAAGAGAAGCUUGCUGCACAAGUACCCAGCGUUAACAAUGAAGACACAGCAUUAUCAAAAGAGGCAGAUCAGGUUGCUGAACAUAAUGAAAAACUCAAGAAUGGUGAUGCUGAAUUAUUGGAAGAAAAUGAGAAGCUGAGAAAUAUGAUGAACAGGUUGCUUGAUGCCGGGAAUGAACAAUUGAAAGUGAUAUCAGAUUUGACAGAAAGGGUUAAGGAUUUGGAGAAGAGAUUAGCAAGGAGCAAGAAGAGAACGAGGACUAAGAGGUUCAAACCAGCGUCAUCAUUGUCCAACAUUAGUUCAAAAAAUGAUCUAUUACAACAUAGAGCUAUUGAUGUUGCAAUGUAAAACUAUUUUGGUUUAAAAGGGUGUUAUGUGUUGUACACUUGUAAUUCUGAGGUUUUGGUAUGGUAUGAGAGAUUGGAUCCUUUGUACAUUGUAAUGUGUCAAUUUCACUUGGUGUUAGAUAUAUGAAAUAUUAAGUGCUAAACUUUUCGCUGCU